CCCCCGCCCCCGGUGCGCCGGCCGGCGUGCUCAGUGCUCAGCGGGGCGCGCGGCGGGCGGCUGGACUCGGCUCGGCUGCGGCCAUGGCCCCGGGCCUGCGCGGCCUCCCGUGCCGCGGCCUCUGGCUGCUCCUGGUGACCCAGCUCUGCCUGGCCACCGCCUGCCAGCAUGCCGACUACGGUGCUCUCCUCCGGGAGUCCUGCCUGCCCCAGUUCCAGGCGCACAUGGAGGCCGUCGGGAGGACGCUGUGGUGCGACUGGGGCAAGACCAUCAGGAGCUACAAGGAGCUCUCCAACUGCACCAGGCAUGUGGCGCAAAACCUGGACUGCUUCUGGCCAAACGCGGAGGUGGACAAGUUCUUCCUCGCCGUCCACCAGCACUACUUCAGAAACUGCCCCGUCUCAGGCAGGGCCUUGCAGGACCCACCCAGCAGCGUCCUCUGCCCCUUCAUCGUGGUCCCCAUCCUGGUGACCCUGCUCGUGACGGUGCUGGUGGUCUGGAGGAGCAAGCGCCCGGAGGGCAUCGUGUAGGCCGCGGUCUGUGUGUGGGGGUGGGGGGAGGGCUGCCCGAUCACAGAAGCUGCAGAGCAGGUGGGGGGGCAGGCACGGAGGCCCAGCCUGACCAAGGCUUCUGGAGCCCCAACGGCAGAGCAGACCCCCCAAUCCCCUCUUCUACCAAGAAGAGCUCACCCCGGGAUGCCAGCCAGAGUGGUGAGCAUAGGCGUUGGCCUGGGGGGGGCAGCCCAGGGGCCAGGAGGGAACCGGCGCAGCUGUUGGUCUUGCUGGGGGCCGUCUGAGCUGUCUCCCAAUAACCCCCACCGCACUCACUUCCUGCCUGUGGCCAGACUGUGGAGACAUAUUUGUGAUUAAAGGACGUCCUUGAA